AUGCCAGCGCACAAAAUUGCCCUCCCGAGGGCAUUGCGGAAGAUGUAUACGAGAGUCCACGAUGCUGUUAAACCUAACCUGGUUUGGAGCAGACAAAUCGCGAUACUGGCCUGUGAAGCAAUAGAGAACCCAGAUGUGGCUGAGGGAUAUCACAUGCUCAAAACCGAAAAGAUGUGGUCGAAUGCCAAAUUCCCGCUGAGAACCAUCAAGAUGAGAAAUACUCUGACAGAAGCUUUAGAAAGGAAAGAUGAAAGAAGUAUGGUAAAAGCACUUCCUGAAAACACGAAGUUCGGGUGCUACAUGAAGGAUUGGGGACUCCUGAUGAAAAUGGUCUGCCUUUACAAGAAGAGCGAUUGA